AUGUAGUGGACGGAACACUUCAUAACCAGUCAAACAUUUGGUCGGCAACCUGCGUAGCCAACAUUGCCGAAAACAUCAGUCACUGUGUUUUAAACAUACGUCUGCCGUGUCUAUUUGUUGGCCCAUUUAAUGUAACGUUAAUAUUUACGUUGUUUGUCAGGUAGCUGGCUUGCUAAGUUAGCUUUGCACUAGGCUAAUCGCUAAUGCUAAGUAGCUAGCGAGCUAACAUCCCCGAACAUGAGUUCACUAAGCUACUCCACUCCUGCUGAAGAAGAGGGGGUCUGCUGGACGGAGAAAGAAGAAGAGGCUGUCACAGUUAAACAAGAAGUAGAGGAUGAGGCUGUUACUGUGAAAGAAGAAGAGAAAGAAGUUACUGUGACAGAGAAAGAAGCUUUCAGAAUGAAAGUGGAGGAGGAAGGAGUUUUCGGAGUGAAGAUGGUGGGGAAUAUUACUGGCACGAUGGAAGAGGAGGAAGAGGAGACGGGAGAUCUGAGUAACGCCAGAGAGCGACCAGACUCUCACUCUGGCAGCGGGGAGAGUCCUUCAGGGGAACCAGACCCAGAGACGUCCAAACCAGCAAGACCGCAUCACUGCUCCCAGUGUGGGAAGAGUUUUAUCCUAUCACAACACCUGAAAUCACACAAGCGAACACACACAGGAGAAAAGCCUUACAAGUGUUCCCAGUGUGGAAAGUGUUUUACUCGGUUAGAUUACCUGAAAAGUCAUAAGCAAAUACACUCUGGAGAGAAGCCUUACUCCUGUUCCCAUUGUGGAAAAAGUAUUAGGUGGUUAGGGACUCUGAAAUCGCAUGAGCGAAUACACACACAAAAAAAACUCCAAUGUUCCUUGUGUGGAAAGCGGUUUACCCAGUUAGAAGCCCUGAUUGUGCAUGACAGGACACACACAGGAGGGGAUAAGACCUACCACUGCUCCCAGUGUGGAAAGAGAUUUAACUGGUUAAGGCAGCUGAAUAAGCAUGAAAGAAUACACACACAGGAGGAGAAGACAUACCACUGCUCUCAUUGUGGAAAGACAUUUUCCCGGGCAGAGGACCUGAAAUCACAUGAGAGAAUAGAGAGACUGUGUUCUGACUUAAGUUUUUGACCUGAGAAUUUGUGUUUUUGUUUAAUCUUUAUGAAAUCCAUUUGUAUAUAUGAAAGCAGAAUAAGGGUCCUGCUGUUGUUUCAUUUAGAGACCUGAUCGUGUCUAAUAUCAGGUGUCUGUUGUUUCAUUUAGAGACCUGAUCGUGUCUAAUAUCAGGUGUCUGUUUCAUUUAGAGACCUGAUCAUGUCUAAUAUCAGGUGUCUGUUUCAUUUAGAGACCUGAUCGUGUCUAAUAUCAGGUGUCUGUUGUUUCAUUUAGAGACCUGAUCGUGUCUAAUAUCAGGUGUCUGUUGGGGUUUUGAUGAUGAGCUUCGUUUGAUUUGAUACAAGUAUAAACCCUCUGUUGUUCAUCAUAUGCUUUUCAUAAUGUACAUAAAUAUAGAAGUCAUUUGCCUUUUUCACAA